GAUGAGCCGGUAAACAACGAAGAAGAAGAGCUGGAGCAAAACACGGAAGUGCGAGCUGAAGCGUCCUGCGUCUCAGCGACAUAACGACAUUGUUUGCUUCAGCCAAGCGGGUGGGACUGAGCCCGAUCGACAAUAAGAAUGUGCUCUACAUGAGUAACAGCGGGUGUUUUAUUUGACGAUGUUCAGCAAGUCGUACGAGCUGCUCCCUCAGCGGGACUCCGCCGCUCCGAGGACUCCCGGCCUGUUUGUGGCCGGCGACAGCUUCACGCAGCGCAGCUCCCACCGAGGACUUUCAUUCGACUACAUCCCCAAUGUGUCUGAGAACGACUUCACUGAUACCUCCCAAGGAUGGAUGUCCUGGAUUUGCAACCUGGUUGUGAUCUUCCUGGUCUCCAUCUGCACCUUUGUAACAUUCCCUAUAACAGGAUGGUUUGUACUGAAAACGGUGCCUAACUACCAGAGGAUAGUCGUGUUUCGUCUGGGGCGAAUUUGUCCUCCAAAGGGCCCUGGGAUUGUCCUUGUGCUGCCCCUCAUUGACCAAUGGCAGAGAGUAGACCUGCGCACCCGUGCUUUCAACAUCCCUCCUUGCCAGGUUACCACUCAGGAUGGCGGUUUGUUGUCAGUUGGAGCAGACAUCCAGUUCAGGAUCUGGAACCCUGUCAUGUCAGUAGUAUCAGUCCAGGACCUGAAUGCCUCAACCAGGAUGACAGCACAGAAAGCUUUGACCUACAGCCUGGCCAAGAAGACUGUGCGGGAGAUCCAAACCGAGAGGGUUAAACUAGGAGAAUAUCUUGGGAUGGACAUUAAUGAGAUGACUCAGCCCUGGGGGUUAGAGGUGGACCGGGUAGAGCUUACCUUGGGUUCUCUUGUGAAAGCUCCAGAGGGAAGCUCCUCUGGAUCCCUCAUCAUGCCUCCAUCUGUGCCUGGACUGGAAGGCCUCACUGGCACCAUUCAGCAGUUGGCCAUGCACUUUCUGAGCCCCAGUGGCAGUUUACAACCUCAACAAGAAGACAGCAUCACUUUCACAGAUGAGCAUCACAGUGUCUCUCAGGCUGUUCUUCCCACACCGAGUUCUGUUGAAGAGCUGCUCAGCGAGGUGAAGCUCCUGCUCUCUGAAACUUUGGUUUGCAGUGUUGGGGCCUGUUUCCAGUUUGACAUCAGCUACGGAGAUGGACAACAACACAGUUACUAUGUGGAUUUAAGCCAAGGCAGCGGUGCAGUUGGAGCAGGGUCCUUGUGCCGAGAGCCAGAUGUGACACUGAGUAUGAGUGACACUGACCUUCUGGCCAUGUUCCGGGGCGAACUACAACCAUUUGCUGCAUACACCAGCGGUCGACUCAAAAUCCACGGAGACAUUAAGACUGCCAUGAAGCUGGAGGAACUCAUAAAACUACUUAAGAAACAGAGUUCACAGUAACCAUGUAUGUAUUUAUUAAAUCCCACUGUGAAGUAGAUGUUUUUUCAUGUUUGCACUGAUUAUAUUUGUUUUAAACUGAA